GUUUCCUGUAUAGAGUUUAGCGGCUACCAAAGAGGAAGUUCUGCUGGAAACGUCCUGUAAAGAGGCUCUGAUGUCCGGACAGCGGGAGGGAGAGCCCCGGCAUGAGGAGCAGAAAGAGCUACAGUCAGAGGACAACACCAGAGAGAUGUCCGCGUCCUCUCCUUCCACAGGAUGGUCAGACGACUGUACCGGGAGCACAGAGGAACACCUGAUACCUACAUAUUAUGAUGCAGAUGAUUCGGUUGUCGCACCAGCUAUAUAUGAAAAACAUGCCAUUAUCCCAGUUGUACCCUCAGACCUUCAAAUAAAAAAUCUGCCAUCUGAUCCUUUAAAAAAGACUAUGCUGAAUGCAAGUCACAGAAUCGGUGCUGGAUCCCAAAGAGCUCAGAAAGGGAAGAAGUCUUAUUCAUGUUCAGAAUGUGGCAAAUGUUUUACUCAGAAAUCACAUCUUGAGAGGCAUCAGAAAAUUCACACAGGGGAGAAGUCUUAUUCAUGUUCAGAAUGUGGCAAAUGUUUUACUGUAAAAUCAUAUCUUGAGACGCAUCAGAAAAUUCACACAGGGGAGAAGCCGUAUUCAUGUUCAAAAUGUGGCAAAUGUUUUACUCAGAAAUCAUAUCUUGAGAGGCAUCAGAAAAUUCACACAGGGGAGAAGCCGUAUUCAUGUUCAGAAUGUGGCAAAUGUUUUACUGUGAAAUCAUAUUUAGAGAGGCAUCAGAAAAUUCACACAGGGGAGAAGCCAUAUUCAUGUUCAGAAUGUGGCAAAUGUUUUACUGUGAAAUCAUAUCUUGAGAGCCAUCAAAGAUAUCACACAGGGGAGAAGCCGUAUUCAUGUUCAGAAUGUGGAAAAUGUUUUGCUUCAAAUACUCAGCUUGCUGAUCAUUUUAAAAAUCACAUAGGGGAGAGGCCAUUUUCCUGCCCAGAAUGUGGAAAAUGUUUUGCUCAUAAAUCAGCUCUUAAGGUUCAUCAGGUUAUUCACACAGGAGAGAAGCUAUUUUCAUGCCCAGAAUGUGGGAAAUGUUUUACUCAGAAAGCAUCUCUUUAUAAACAUAAGAAAAGUCACACAGGAGAGAAGCCAUAUUCAUGUUCAGAAUGUGGGGAUUGUUUUAGCCAGAAAUUUUAUCUCCAGAGCCAUCAGAGAAUUCACACAGGGGAGAAGCCAUACCAUUGUUCAGAAUGUGAGAAAUGUUUUGCUAAUAAAGUAUCUCUUCUUAGACAUCUAAGAUAUCACACAGGAGAGAAGCCAUAUUCAUGUCCAGAAUGUGAGAAAUGUUUUAGUCGGAUUGAAAAUCUUGUUGUGCAUUUAAGAACUCACACAGGGGAGAAGCCAUUUUCAUGUCCAGAAUGUGGAAAAUGUUAUACUAAAAAUGCAAAUCUUGUUACACAUCUGAAAUCUCACACAAAGGGAGAAGUGAUAUUCAUGCCCAGAACGUGUUUUACUAAAAAAUCUAAAUUUGAGAAUCAUUAGGAAGGUCACACAGGGGUGCAGCCAUGUUCAUGUUCAGAAAUAAGCCCUUGUUCAAUAUCAGAGAAUUCAUACAGGGGAGAAGAAGUUCUAACCCCUUCCCAACAUCCUCCAUAUUUAACCACUACCCGACCACCUAACGCAGGAUUGCGUCCUGUGGGCGGUCAGUCUGUUCCUCCUGGACGCGCC